GAUAUUUUUUUCUGUUAUAGUUCUUGUGACAACGUACCCGUGUGACAACCAUACCCGGUCUCCCCUAUACGUGUACUAUAUCUUCAGUGCUGGUAAUGAAUUUUGGAACACAGCUAUUAUAUGGGGUUUUAUUUCUCGAACUCACGUGAAAUUGUUUGCAUAUGAAAUUGGCCAUAUUCCGUGUAGUGUGAGUGAUUGUCCAAACGCUAGUCGCGAAAUGCAAUUUACAUGAUGACGUAGUAAAGGAUUGUCUAUUGGAAAGCGUGCCUCGACGGCAGGGAAAAGAACGAAGAAGACGGAGCCAGAGCAAGAAAAAGAAACUGAGAAUGCUGACUGUUUUGUUUGUUUUCUGUUAAUUUAAAGUGUCGUCAAAGUUUGUGAGAUAGUGCGAUAACAUGGAUAAGGAUACGACGGAGAUGAAAUCAAACCCCAGGGAGACUGCGAAUGUCUUCAGUAUUCUAUUCUUCUGGUGGAUGCGAGAAUUAUUUAUGAAAGGCAUUAAGCGUGAUCUGGAGGAAUCUGAUAUUUAUCGUCCAGUAAAAGCGGAUGAAUCUGAAAAACUGACUGAUCAUCUCGAGAAAUGCUGGAAUCAUGAGCUGGAUAAACUGAAAAACCUGGAAUAUACCGUGGGUAAAGACGGGCAGAAAGUACCUUUAAAAAGGGAUGUCCGUCCGAGAUUAUACAAAGCGAUCGUCAAUGCUUUUUGGUUGCCGUAUUUCAUAAUCGGAACCUUCGUAUUCAUUCAAUGUAAUGUGGUACGCGUCGCAAUACCGAUCUUUCAGAGUUGGAUUAUCGAUUACUUCGCUCAGACAUCAAAGUAUAAGACAGAGACGGACGAUGUGCUGAUUUAUAUCGCCUGCAUGGUCCUUUGCAAUAUCAUCUCCGUUCUAAUAAUGCACCAUACGAUGAUGCAGUCGAUGCAGAUCGGCAUGAGGAUACGCGUCUCUUGCAGCUCUCUCCUCUACCGGAAGUUAUUGCGGUUGAAUAGAGCAUCCAUGAACCAAACCGGUACUGGACAGAUCAUGAAUCUUCUCAGCAAUGACGUCACUCGCUUCGAUCAGUUAACACAGUUUGUGAAUUAUAUAUGGAUCAUGCCUGUUCAGAUCGUGAUUAUUGGAAGUAUAAUGUGGGAAAAACUCGGUUAUUCGGUCCUUGUUGGCAUCGGGUCGCUAUUAAUUAUCGCCCUAGUGGUUCAAGGAAUCUUCAGCUUGCUGAGUCGCAGAAUCAGAGCCAUGAUCGCACCACAGACCGACCGGAGAGUGCAGCUGAUGAGCGAACUCGUAGCCGGGAUACAGGUGGUGAAGAUGUACGCUUGGGAGAAACCGUUCAGCAAGAUCGUGUCGUUGACCAGACAGCUGGAGAUCAAGAAAAUCCAAUUCUCGUCGUACGUGCGCGCCGCGUAUUUGGCCAUCAUAGUCUUCACCGAGCGGCUGACCCUUUACUUCACCCUAAUAACGUUCGUUCUAACAGGGCAUAACCUGACUGCAGACCUGACUUACGAAAUGUCGACGUACUUCAAUAUGCUUCAACUUACUACCGCGAUGUACUUUCCACAGGCGCUAAUACAGUUGGGCGAAGCGAUGGUGUCUAUGAGCCGGUUGGAGGACCUUCUGCUGAUGGACGAAGUAAACAUGGAACGUUCGGAGAAGACGCCGCAGUUACAGCGUGAAUCUCAGAAUCCAAACGAAGUUACUGACGAGGUUAAUCAAACAGACAGGUAUAUCUCGAAAAAUGGGAGUAUGGCGCUUUCUGAGCUUCAGAGAUUACCUGACCUUCCGGUCUGCGUGAAGCUUCAGCGCGUUUCCGCCAAUUGGAUCAACGGCCAACUGCCACCGACUUUGUGCAAUAUCAACUUGACCAUCAAGCCGGGCCAGUUAUGCGCCGUGGUCGGUACCGUGGGCUCCGGCAAAUCAUCCAUACUGCAUUUGCUGCUGAAAGAGUUGGAUCCCGGUGCGGGUACCGUGAGCCUCAUUCAAGACUCUUCGAAGGAUAACUUUCAGAGUAAGAUGUCCAACGGUUACUUCAUGAGCAAUCCAAAUCUGCGCAUUUCCUAUGCCAGCCAGGAGCCCUGGCUCUUCGGCGGCACUGUCAGAGACAACAUAUUGUUUGGCCAGCCUUACGACAAGGCCAGAUAUACUCAGGUGGCAAAUGUGUGCGCCUUGACGAAAGAUUUCCGACAGUUUCCACAAGGAGACAUGACGCUGGUCGGCGACAGAGGUGUAUCCCUGUCCGGAGGCCAACGGGCGCGAAUCAAUCUCGCGAGGGCAGUUUACAGGCAGGCGAAUCUGUAUCUGCUCGACGAUCCCUUGAGCGCGGUGGACUCUCGCGUCGGCCGGCAUCUCUACUGGAAGUGCAUCAGCGAGUAUCUUCACGGCAAGACGAGGAUACUCGUAACACAUCAGUUGCAAUUUCUAAAACGCGCCGAUUACAUCGUCGUAUUGGAUCGAGGUUUUGUGAAGAUGCAAGGAAGCUAUACUGAAUUGGUACAGUCAAAUAGAGAUUUCAUUAGGAUGUUGGACAAUUUGAGUCACGAAGCGCAGAAAAAGGAAGAGGAUAUGAGGAGAGCCUCGGAAAUGUCUAUGAAAAGAAUCUCGAUAAUGAGACGUGCUUCUGGAUUAUCUGUCGCAAGUUCCACAGUUUCAGAGAUUGACGAUUCGGAUUAUGCGGAGAAUAGCCCGGAAGCUGAGAUGAUGGCACAUGGUCGGAUAUCCGGCAAAGUGUACAAGGAAUAUCUGCACCACGGCGCUAGCUAUUUUUCCCUGUUCAUGCUGCUGCUGCUCUUUAUCAUCAGUCAGGUUGCCACCUCCGGGACUGAUUACUGGCUCUCGUACUGGACCAGCUUGGAGGAUGUCAGGCGCGUCGAGAACACUAGUGAUGUCAGUCAGUACGCAUACUUGUACAACAACAGUUUCCUUGGGUCGAUCUUCACUCUGAACCCGGACGGUCUGCUCAGUACUGAGGAUGCCAUAUACGUAUACACGUUCUGCAUCAUUUCCUGCACUGUCACCACGCUGUUACGCAGCUUCCUCUACAUGAAGGUCUGCAUGAACUCGAGCUGCAAUCUGCACAACACCAUGUUCUCCAAUCUGCUGCAGGCGCGUAUGACCUUCUUCCACACGAAUCCUACCGGGAGAAUUUUAAACAGAUUUUCCAAAGACAUGGGCACCAUGGACGAGUUGCUGCCCAAAGCGAUGUUAGAGGCUCUCCAAGUGUGCUGUGUAGUAUGCGGUAUAUUGGUAAUGGAGACGAUACUUAAUCCAUGGAUGCUAAUAGCGAUAGUGAUACUGGCCGUCGUAUUUUACUUUAUGACAAAAUUCUACCUGAGUACCGCUCAGAACGUGAAACGUCUCGAAGGCGUAACAAAGAGUCCGUUGUUCUCGCACGUGAAUGCAACGCUGAACGGACUGCCGACGAUCAGAAGCAGCGGCGCCGGAAUCGAGACGAUGAUGCGAAAGCAGUUCGACGUGCUGCAAGACCGUCACAGCGGCACGUGGUACCUCUUCAUAACGUGCGGGACAACCUUCGGUGUUUUUACGGACCUAAUCAUGUGCCUGUUCCUCGCCACGCUUUGCUACUCCUUAGUAUUCUUGAAUGAAAAUGGCGGUGUAGCCGACAGCACAGCAGGCUUGGCAAUAUCGCAAUCGUUGAUCCUAAUUGGUUGCCUGCAAUACGGCAUAAAACAGUCCACCGAGACUAUGUCGCUGAUGACCUCCGUGGAAAGAGUUCUACAAUACACGAAUCUUCCCCAGGAGAAGCCCAUUACUUCGGACAACCCACCGCCGCCUACAUGGCCGUCUCAGGGGCAAUUGGUCCUGAAGGACGUCAGCAUGAAGUAUCACAAAGAUGAUCCACCGGUUUUGAAAAAUCUGAACGUAUCCAUCGAGCCUGGCUGGAAAGUUGGGGUAGUGGGACGAACCGGCGCCGGCAAGUCCUCUUUGAUCUCAGCGUUGUUCCGCCUAUUCAACGAGGGUCUUGAGGGCGAGAUUAAGAUCGACGAUUGGGACACGAGCACGGUAGGCCUGGGCGAGCUACGCUGCAAGAUCUCCAUCAUACCGCAGGAACCGGUGCUCUUCUCCGAGAGUCUGCGCUACAAUCUGGACCCGUUCAAUCAGUACGAUGACAUGAAGCUGUGGGACGUACUUCGGCAAGUCGAGCUGAACGAUGUCGCACUGGAUCACGAUAUAUUCUACGGCGGCCACAACUUCAGCGUCGGCCAGAGGCAGCUCAUAUGUCUGGCCAGAGCGAUCCUGAGGAACAACCGCUUGCUCGUUCUCGACGAGGCGACGGCCAAUAUUGAUUCGCACACCGAUGCUUUAAUUCAAGACACUAUAAGGAGCAUUUUUAAAGAAUGCACCGUCAUCACGAUAGCGCAUCGUUUAAAUACCAUUAUAGACAGCGACCGGAUCAUUGUGAUGGAAAACGGCUCCAUUGUAGAAUUUGGUUGUCCUUACGAGCUGUUGCACGAAAAACCGAAUGGCUAUUUUUCACAAAUGGUGCAAAAGACGGGCAAUCAGAUGGCACAGAGUCUUCUGGAACAGGCGAGAACGGCUUGCGUAAGAAACAACGAUCAUCGUGAAUUGAAUUUGUCGGGACAAAAUACUGAGGGCGAGAGCGACGCCACGAUCACCGAACAGUCCGCUUUGUAGAUUUCUUUUCGGUGUCGUAACUAGGGCAGAGCAACCGAGGUCCACGCCAGGGGCACCAGCACCCGGAAAGCGCAAUUAGAGGCUAGUGUUUCAUGUCUGUAGGCAUUUCAUUGUAAACCUUAAAGAGGAAUAUAGAAAGCAAUAUCUAAAAAUGUCUUUAUUACACCUAUCGUGGUAUUAAUAUCUGAAAACUUUUGUAAUUUUAUUUGAGAAUACAAAAUCAAGUGUUGCCUCAAAGCUCUUAGUUACGACACUGUUUUUAUGCUACUCUUUUUCGUAUAAAAAUGAGCAAUGUAUAUAUUUAUAAUUAUAUACAUAUAUAUUUUACUGUAUAUGUGUCUGUAUAGUGUAUACUUAUAUGUAUAUACAUGUCCUAUGCUAAUUAGUACGAUCAAAUUUGCGAAGAAAAGGAAGAAAAAAAAGAAACACUCAAUGUGUAACGAGAUGACAUAAAUGGAGGGUAAGAUGCGGCUGUUUACAUGCCAAUUUCGAUUCUCUUUUUAUUUAUUGCUCUAAAUGACACGUAAAUGUGUUGCAUUUAUCUUACAAUUAAAUACAGAAUAGGAAUAAAUGCUAUUUUUCGAUAUUUCGUCAAAGUGUAUCAAAAUAAAAUAUGACGUAUUUCUCAUAAAUUCUGUUCAUUUCUUGAUAGCGCUAUAUGUAUACGCCACGACAAAAAAUCUGCGUAUACACGAAGUAAUAAAAUAUUUUAAAAAGUAAUAUAAAUUGCAUUGUUGUAUUUGCACAACAAAAAUUAUGAGAAAUUAAACAUCACUGUAAUGGUUUCUCGUUCGAUAAUGUUGACGUUUAACCAAUUGUUGAAAUUAUUCGAUUCAGAAACAAAUAACAUUUUAUUAUAAAAAUCAAAUUAAAAGAAAAGAAAAAAGCGUUAUGUUGAAAGAGUCACGUAAAAACAAGAAAUGCUUUAUGUUAAUGCAUUUCUACAGGACAGUUAUCGUUGUACUACAGAAAUAUGUAACGCCGAUAUGAAAACCAAGGAUGCAAUUACUGGUGAGUCCAGUAAAGUAUUGUCUAUCGGAGAGCAUUAGGAGUGCGUUUCCUCGAGACGUUAGAGGAAAAAAAUAAGAAAAUAAAAUAAAAAAGAGAAAAUAAGA